AUGCUCUCCAAGAUCGGUGGUAUAAGAUUCACUGCCAUUACUUCAGGCCUAAUUAUUUUUUUAUGGAUCGUUUUCCUAUUUAUGCCUAUUGCACCUUUUUCCUUAAAUGAAGAGGAUUUAUUUGAUUUAAAAAAAUUCGGUCACUUAUCGCUUUACCCCUUGCAACAUGCUUCUAUUUUACAUAUACUAUUCAACUCUAUUGCUUUAUUUUCAUUAUUAUCUUUAUUUGAACGUGAAAAAGGUACCAUUAGAACAGGGGUUUUAUUAAACUUAUUCGCAGUUAUUGCUGGGAUUUUCUAUUGUUUACUAGAACGUUCAUUUUCAUUUAUAAUCCACAGAGGAGAGUCCAGUACAGUUCAAGUUGUUGGAAGCAGCGGUUGGUGGUUCACUUUGUUCACUUGGUAUUGUUGCACACAAAGCGCUAAUUUUAAUGAAACAAACUCUUCUGCUAUUAGCUCAGACGAAGAUGUAGAAACUACAGCCACUACUAACAACAUCUUAUACAACAUUCGCAAUAUUUUCAAUGGUAAUAAUGUUACAACAAUAACUAUUUUUGGUAGGUCUUUUAACAGAUUCCAAUUGCUGCCAUUUCUCAUGUUAUUUUUUAUUUCCGUAAUUUUUUUCGGCCAAGCAAGUUUUUUGGGCCAUUUAUGCGGUAUUAUCACGGGGUAUUUGUAUUAUAAUGGUCAAAAAAUUUUUGAUCACAAGUUGUGUAUCCCAUCCAAGUUAAUUUCCAAGUUUGAAAGUUUAGGGUUCUGGUAUGGUUCAUCUGAUAUGUCCUCUCCCACCACUUCUUCCAACGGAAAUGGUUAUUUGUUGAUUUUUUUGAAAAAAUUAAGCAUUGAAUAUUUCCCUGAACAUUAUUAUAAUGGGGAAUCCACGGCCUCUGUAUUACCAACAGUACAACCUUCUAUUGCAAACGCUCAAAAUGAAAAUUUUACAAGUUCUGGCAGGGUCUUAGGAUCUAAUUAA